AUGCCAGCAUCCAAGCUCGCGUGCAUCCGCAUCCUUGAAUUCUGCAUGUGGGUCCCGCUGCCAGGAGAGGGUCCCUCGACUCAGCUGCAGGCCCGUUUGCAGGCCAUGGGCAACGUGGAACUGUCCUUGCGAUCCUGGUUCUCUUCAGCCUGCGAGAGAUCCUCAGAGGGAGUCCUCUUCCUGAGUCUGAAGGCCUGGAUUUCCUUCUUCGAGGACCUUGAGCCGCACGACCCUCUUCGGAGCGCGCAGCUGCGGGAGGCUGGUGGCGAAGCAGCGCUUGAGCGAGCUUUCGAGGAUGCCAGGAGGAAGCAGGAGGGCGACUGCCCGGACCUCUGCUUUGCCUCCUUCCUCCAUGCCCUCGGCAGCCUCAACCAGGCCUUGGAUCUGAGAUGGAGCUCCCUCCUCGAUUUCUUUCAGGAAAACGACUGCGGCACCCGACCACCCAAGCGGCAGGCGAAGCCGCAAUCGAUUGGAUCCUCGGCAGCGGCUCAGAUCACAUCCGUGGCAGUGCUGCAGCACGCGUACGAGAAGGCCUUGCGGAGGCUCAGGUGA